AUGGCGUCCAUCAUCUACCCAGAUUUGGAUGCUCCACUUCUAAAGGUCAGUCGCCCGGUCGCUGCUUGCUCCCGAUGCCGCAAUGCAAAGAUCAAAUGCGACGGCAAAUUGCCCGCGUGCUCUGCCUGUGAGAGAGCAGGGAGAAGCAGCGGCUGCUCUGGCGCUACGGAUGAGUUUGCAAAGGGCAAAGAACGGAGCUACGUGGCUUCGCUGGAGGCGCAAUGUGAACGACUCGAGAAGCAAAUUGAAGCGGCAAAGCGGCGCCAGCAGGGGCUCAUGGUGGGACAGGUUGACCGGGAGAAUGAUGGCUUCAGCGCAACACCGGCCACCACCCUCUCUCCAAGCGCUGGAGAUGAAGGCUAUGGCAAAGAAUCCUCUGACAUUGAUGACCUAGUGGGAGAUUUUGGCUUCUUGGCCGUGAAUGCAACUUCCAGAGAUUUUUAUGGAAUUCGGUCGUCCACAUCGUUUGCGGGCCUCCUCCUUACGGUUGCCAUUGCAGAACUAAUACCACGAUCCAUCCCGCGAAUCGAAUUGCCGUUGCAUUCUCAGAUCGCGAGCCUCACCCUAGACUACUUUGACCAUUUCCAUCCACUGAUGCCCUUUUUGUCGGAAGUCAAAUUCUGGACAUCUGUCGACGCCAUCUAUCAAGAUAACGGCCGCUUUGCCAAUAGCCACGAUCAUUGGACGCUCCGGAUGGUGCUGGCUAUAUCCGCUGCCUCAAGGUCCAGAACUAUGAACGAUCGAGACUGUCAGGUCGCGAUGGCUCAUGUGCACGUUGCGUUAGAGUAUGCUGAGGAUGUCCUCCGGCCGGGGACAAUUUUCGGAAUCCAAGCCAUUUUACUUCUCGCGCAAUACUCUACACUCAAUCCUCGGCAUUUUCGGACAUGGUAUCUAAGUGGAAUCGCGGCACGAGUGGGCACCGACCUUGGUAUCCACCAAGAGCACGCCUCAGUAGCUUGCUUGGAUGAAGCUACUCUGGAUUCUCGCAGAAGAACUUUUCACUGUGUGUAUUCGCUUGACAGGUACGUCAGCACAGCUUUAGGCCGGGCCUUUUCGUUUUCAGACGAUUCAGUUGACGUUCCUCUGCCGCCGAAUCCACCACUUUCAGCAUCACCACCCUGGCAGGGUGGCCUGUUUCUCCGAAGCAUUGAGCCUGCAUUGUUUCUCUUCCAAAUUCGCCAUUUCCAGUCCGCGGCAUUUCAAGACAUGUUCUUUAGCGGACGCCAGCCUUCCUCCGCCGCCCAAUCGUGUGCCUGGGAACGCUGCUCGGCAGCAACUACGUGGUUUCAAAGCUGCCCUACGAGCACACCAGCCCAUUUCUCCACGCUCUUCCACCUUGAGUAUCUCUUCACCCUGAUCCUGGUGCUGUCCCCAUCAAAUCGUUCGCCUACAAUUAGCGAAACCGAUCAAAUACUUCUCUUCGAAUAUUCAGUUGAGUAUAUCUCUCAAUUAUAUAAUGAGGUCACGGCCCCAACGACUUUUAGCUCGCUACUCACAUACAUGGAUGUCGAACGGACUUAUACCGUAGCGUGCAAACUCGUCAACCUCCUACAGCUGAGCCACGGCGAGAUCCUGCAGGAUAAGACUCCCGAGAAACAAAAGUUACAGUCGGGAGUUCCUCCUGCGCCAUUAAGAUCCACUACUACUGGGCGACAGAAUUCUACCAAACGAGCGAUAACAUGUCUAUACGAAGCACAUUCGAUAUUUGAGUAUGCAUUUCGUCGGUGGAAUGUGCGUACACUACUAGACGACUUUUAUCGGAGCUCAAUCGAGCUUAAGGCGAUGCUAUCCUCCUUGCUAGACCAGCAGCAACGCCCUUUACAACAACCGCCACACCACAUUCACCAUUCAUUUGCACAUGAGGCCAUCAGGCAGUCCCACUCACCCGGGUUUCAGCAUGAACAGACAUACAAAUCGAGCCAACUCAUAACCCCGGCACAAAUUCAACACAUGCGCUAG